AGCUUCUGCGCAUGCGCACCGUCAACCGUGGAGGACGGAGGCAGCCUAGAACAGCUGUAGCGGAGGCCCACCACAAUGCGAUUGGCGCUACGGUCUUCAGCCUUCGUUGCAUCCGCAAUGGCUGCGAGAUAUGAUCCAGAGAGCCCGGACUAUGCGCUCCAUUAAACCCUUGAUGAGAAGAGCACAAGCGAAGCCGUCUCAAAAUGAGCACCGGGUUCAGCUCCAGCUCCUGUCGCUUCGCGGAUUAUUUCGUGAUCUGCGGUCUGGAUACAGAGAGCGGCUUAGAACCAGACGAGCUGUCCGCUUUAUGCCAAUAUAUACAGGCUACUAAAUUCAGAGAUGACGCCAGAGGAAAGUUGGCGAGUGCAGGAGAAGGUGAGAAUUUUGAGCAGAGUCCGUUGCGGAGAACUUUUAAAUCCAAAGUUCUAGCCCAUUUUCCCGAAAAUGUGGAGUGGAACCCAUUUGACCAGGAUGCUGUGGGCAUGCUCUGUAUGCCAAAAGGCCUGUCCUUCCGGACUCAGUCAGACACACGCGAGCCUCAGUUCCACUCCUUCAUCAUCACACGGGAGGACGGCUCGCGGACGUACGGCUUCGCCCUCACUUUCUUCGAGGAGGUGACAAGCAAGCAGAUCUGCAGUGCCAUGCAGACACUUUAUCACAUGCACAACGCAGAACAAUAUGACAUCCUGCACGCUCCGCCCACGCCUCGUGGCUCCGAAGACCCCCGGCUGGCCCCUCCGCAGCUGCACGCGGCUCCCGCCAUCUCCAGGUUGCAACGCUUCAACUCGUACGACAUCAGUCGCGAUACGCUGUACGUGUCCAAGUGCAUCUGUCUGAUUACGCCGAUGGCCUUCGCUCAAGCCUGCCGAAGGGUCCUCGAACAGCUGCACCGGGCCGUCACCUCACCCCAGCCUCCGCCCCUCCCGCUGGAGAGCUACGUCUACAACCUCCUCUACGAGGUUCCCCUGCCGCCCGCCGGGCGUUCCCUGAAAUUCUCGGGCGUUUACGGGCCGUUGUUGUGUCAGAGGCCGAGCACGGCCGAGCUUCCCCUCUUUGACUUUCACCUACAGGAAGUGUUUGAGUUGUUGGGGGUGGAAAACAUUUUGCAACUCUUUACCUGCGCGCUACUGGAGAUCCAGAUCCUUCUGUACUCACAACAUUACCAGCGGCUGAUGACGGUGGCGGAGAGCAUCACGGCAUUAAUGUUCCCUUUCCAAUGGCAGCAUGUGUACGUGCCGAUCCUUCCCGCAUCCCUCCUGCACUUCCUGGACGCUCCUGUGCCCUACCUCAUGGGUCUGCACUCCAACGGCCAGGAUGACCGCACUAAGCUGGAACUUCCCCAAGAGGCCAACCUGUGCUUUGUCGAUAUUGACAACCACUUUAUCGAGCUACCGGAGGACCUACCUCAGUUCCCCAACAAGCUGGAGUUCAUCCAGGAGAUCUCUGAGGUUCUGCUAGCGUUUGGAUUGUCUCCAGAGGCAAACCCACAACGCAGCGAGGGUCAGACAAAGCUCAGGGGCUUCCGCACGGCUGACGUGGUCUCGGACAAACGCAACGGCAACCUGGCAGGGUCACCUCUCAGUUCAUACCUACUGCGAGAAAACCAAACCAUAGCUCGCCUACAAGCGCUGGUUAAGAGGACUGGAGUCAGUUUGGAAAAGUUGGAUGUGAAGGAAGACACAAGCACUAAUACAGACACUAAACUCCAGUGUGAUGAAAAUGAGUUCAGGAUGUAUCAGUUGAACAUUCGGGUGCGGGAGGUCUUCGCCAACCGUUUCACCCAAAUGUUCGCCGACUACGAGGUCUUUGUCAUCCAGCCCAGCCAUGAUAAAGAGUCCUGGUUCAGCAACCGUGACCAGAUGCAGAACUUCGACAAGGCCUCCUUCUUGUCGGAUCAGCCCGAACCCUACCUGCCGUUCCUCUCUCGGUUUCUGGAGACGCAGAUGUUUGCCUCUUUUAUCGACAGCAAGAUCCUUUGCCACGACGAUGAGGACAAAGAGCACACGCUGCGGGUGUUUGAUUCCCGCGUCGACAAGAUCCGCAUGUUAAACGUCCGGACGCCCACUCUGCGCACCUCCAUGUACCAGAAAUGCACCAAUAUUGAAGAAGCAGAAAAGGCCAUUGAGAUGAGAUUGUGUAAGAUCGACCACACGGCUCUACACCCCCAUCUGCUGGAUAUGAAGAUCGGUCAGGGCCGAUACGAACCUGGGUUUUUCCCCCGCCUACAGUCAGAUGUGCUUUCCACCGGACCCACCAGCAACAAAUGGGCGAAGCGCAGCGCUCCUGCACAGUGGAGGAGGAGAGACAGACAGAAACAACACGCUGAACAUCUCUACCUGGAUAAUGACCAGAGAGAGAAAUACAUCCAGGAGGCCAGGAACCUGGGUACCACCCUUCGCCAGCCCAAACUCUCCAACCUUUCACCUUCAGUCAUUGCACAGACCAACUGGAAGUUUGUGGAGGGACUGUUGAAGGAGUGCAGAAACAAGACAAAACGCAUGCUGGUGGAGAAGAUGGGUCGGGAAGCGGUGGAGCUGGGCCACGGUGAGGUCAGCAUCACGGGUGUGGAGGAAAACACACUCAUCGCCAGCCUGUGUGAUCUUCUGGAAAGAAUCUGGAGCCACGGUCUGCAGGUCAAGCAGGGAAAGUCUGCAUUGUGGUCACACCUCUUACAUUAUCAGGAGAGCAAAGAGAAAAGAGAUGCCACUCCUGCAGGCCUCAGUCCUCCUGGGUUCAUUCACGAAACUGAGAGGAGAAAGUCAGAUGCCGGCUGCGCUAUGCCGCCACUUAAAGUCUCUUUGAUUCAGGACAUGAGGCACAUCCAGAACAUCAGUGAGAUCAAGACAGAUGUGGGGAAGGCCAGGGCAUGGGUUCGCCUCUCCAUGGAGAAGAAACUACUCUCCAGACACCUGAAACAACUUCUGUCUGACCAUGAACUCUCUAAGAAACUCUAUAAGCGCUAUGCUUUUCUGCGGUGUGAUGAUGAGAAGGAGCAGUUCCUCUAUCACCUCCUGUCCUUCAACGCUGUGGAUUACUUCUGCUUCACUAAUGUCUUUACUACCAUCAUGAUCCCGUAUCAUGUGGUCAUCAUUCCCAGUAAGAAGCUCGGAGGCUCCAUGUUCACGGCAAACCCCUGGGUGUGCGUCUCAGGGGAACUCGCUGAGACGGGAGUACUGCAGGUGCCCAGAAACACUCUGGAGAUCACGUUUGAGUGUCAGAACCUGGGCAAGCUGACCACCGUACAGAUGGGCCAUGAUAACUCAGGACUGUAUGCUAAGUGGUUGGUCGAGUCUGUGAUGGUCCGCAAUGGCAUAACAGGACACACUUACAAGUUUCCAUGUGGCCGAUGGCUGGGCAAGGGAGUAGAUGAUGGUAGCCUGGAGCGGAUACUGGUGGGCGAAUUAGUGACUAACACAGAAAGCGAGGAGAGAAUGUGUCGGACCCCUCCAAUGCAGCAAUCCCCCGGGAUGAUGCGAAGAUUUGUCACCAUUUCGCCAAACAGCAAACCAAAGUUAAACACAGGCCAGAUCCAAGAAGGAGUUGGAGAGGCGAUUAAUGGCAUCGUCAAACAUUUCCAUAAGCCAGAAAAAGAGAGAGGAAGUCUAACAUUGCUCUUGUGUGGAGAGUAUGGUUUGGUGUGGGCUCUGGAGCAGGUGUUUCAGCAUGGCUUCAAGUCACCGCGUCUUUUUAAGAACGUCUUCAUUUGGGACUUUCUAGAAAAAGCGCAAGUUUACUUUGAGAGUGCGGAGCAGAGCCAGGUGAACCAGGAUGAGAACUGGCAGAUGAGGGCUCGCCAUUUUAGCCAUUUCAUGCGCGCCGUCAACAGCACGCCCAGAAACAUCGGCAAAGAUGGGAAGUUUCAGAUGCUCGUGUGCCUUGGGGCCAGAGAUCACCUGCUACACCAUUGGAUAGCACUCCUAGCUGAAUGUCCAAUCACAGCACAGAUGUAUGAGGACGCAGCACUCUUAAAGGACCAUUCUCUGGUGAACUCUCUCAUACGAGUGCUACAGACUCUGCAGGAAUUCAAUAUCACUCUGGAAGCGUCUCUCGUCAAAGGGAUCGGGAUAUAAUUUGAUCUGAACUAACACGCGGAUCAGCGGGGACCACAGACUAACUUUUCUUACACUGAGAGAGUUGAGCAAAAUGACUAAACCAGGCCGACGUUAAAGCUACUGUUAUGUUUGCCAUAUAUCAAGUGCAAUGAGCCUUUUCAAAUGUGUCAUAAUUUUUAAAUAUGUCUGGAUUCAUACUGUUCACGAAAGAUGAAAACCCCACCCGUGCUGUACCGUUUUAUUGAAAGCUCAAUAUUUUGUUGUUGUUGUUGUGGACUGCUGACAAUGGCCGUAAGAAAAAAACUUGUUAUAUUUUCAAGAAAAAAGAGCAGUGUUAUUUUAAUAUGUCCGUCAGGUUGCUUGCUCUGUACUCCUAACAAAUCCAUACUGUCACAAUGCAGAGUUUAAAGCAAAUGAUGUAGAAGUAUGCUUUAUAAGUACAACUUCAUAUUUUUACGUAGAAAAGAUUCUGGGAAAAGGCUCUUGUUUUUGUACCAGGGCCAAGAGCGUGCAUCAUUUCUAUUUCAUUCCAGAUACAAAAAUUCAGAUAAAGCUUACUAAUACUCCAAAACGAAAACUACACAAAAGUGACGUCCAGAUUUUUAAAACAAUCAACACGUACAUAAACAUCUUUCUCUUUCAAAGUACCCUCACAUUCCCCAUCAGUUCAGCCCUCAGGUUUUGGCCGAUGGUGAUGCCAUAUCUGCAGUAGAAUUAAACUGCGACACAAUUGCUGUGUUUGUGUACCGUCCUCUAGUUAAACCCCAGCAUCCCCUUCAGUUUCUGCUAUGCAAUAUUUACAGCUCGAAAAUGUUGUUGUAUACUGAUGAGACAUCAUCUGUUUUAGACCGGUAGCAUUAUUAACUGGAAGAAGCACAUUAACGGCUGACGUGUGCCAAUUUCAUCAUGACUGUUCUGGUACCUUUUCAAACAGCUGGCAUGAACAUUCUUGGGAUUAUUUUCCUCGUGUUUUAUCUCUUGAUACACAUUUAUAGACAAAGCAGUGUAAUGUAGUGUUAAAUAUUGAACAGCUGUGUACAGUGUAUAAAAUGUAUUAAAGGUGAUAAUGCUUCA